AUGGUAGUGUUAAUUCCUGCAGAGGAUAGGGUAGUGUUAAUGCCUGCAGAUGAUAGGGUAGUAUUAACGUCUGCAGAGAAUAUGGUAGUGUUAAUUCCUGCAGAGGAUAGAGAAGUGUUAAUGCCUACAGAUGAUACGGUAGUAUUAAUUCCUGCAGAAGAUAGGGUAGUGUUAAUUCCUGCAGAGGAUAGGGUAGUGUUAAUGCCUACAGAUGAUAGGGUAGUAAUAAUGUCUGCAGAGAAUAUGGUAGUGUUAAUUCCUGCAGAGGAUAGGGUAGUAUUAACGUCUGCAGAGAAUAUGGUAGUGUUAAUUCCUGCAGAGGAUAGGGUAGUGUUAAUUCCUGCAGAGGAUAGGGUAGUGUUAAUGCCUACAGAUGAUAGGGUAGUAAUAAUGUCUGCAGAGAAUAUGGUAGUGUUAAUUCCUGCAGAGGAUAGGGUAGUGUUAAUGCCUGCAGAUGAUACAGUAGUGAUAAUGAUUGCAAAGGAUUGA